AUGCUCAUCUGGCUUAUCGAGUGGUGGGGCCGCGUCGAGGUCCGGCUCUACGGCGAUCCCAAGGAUCACGCAUACUAUGGCAAGGAGAGCGCCUUGUGUGUGAGCAACCACCGCAGCGACGUGGAUUGGGCCAUCGGCUGGGUGUUCUGUCAGAGAUGCGGCUGCCUCGGAGGCACGCGAGCGCUGAUCAAGGAGGAGGCGAAGUGGAUGCCUGUGAUUGGCUGGUCCAUGUGGUUCUCCGAAUACCUCUUCAUCGCCCGUAACUACGCCACCGACCAGCGGAGAAUACUGGACGGCUAUGCUCGGCUGCGCAGCUUCCCGCGGUUCUUCUGGACGGCGCUGUUCAUGGAAGGCACGCGCUUCACGCCCGAGAAGCUCAAGGCGGCUCAGGAAUACGCCAAGGAGGCGGGGCUGCCCAUCCCUCGCCACGUGCUCGUGCCCCGCACCAAGGGCCUGGUGAUGUCAGUGGAGCAGACGCGGGGCCAUGCGGGUGCUAUCUAUGACUUCACCGUCAACUACCCCGUGGGGAAACCCCCCCCAACGUUCGCUAACAUUUUCAAGCGCAAGGCCUCGCAGAUUGACGUGUACUUCGAGCGCGUCCCCAUGGACCAGAUCCCUCAGGAUGCAGAGGGCAUUUCUAAAUGGUGUCAAGAAUCGUUCGUGAAAAAGGACAAGAAGCUGGAUUAUUAUGUUGCACACAACGGCUUCGAUGAGAAGCAGAGGCUCAACACGACCAAGUGUCCGAAAAGCAUUCUGCACACGUGCUUCUGGACAGCCUUGAACUUUGUGGUAUAUGGCUGGAUAUUCACCCGGAACUUAUCGGCGAUUACCUUCACGUGGGCAACUCUGGGAUGGAUCGCUGUCGGUGUGGCUGCUGUACUCGCGGUCGUUCAGCGAGCUCCCCAGGGGGGAGGAGGACCGGUGGGUCCUGUGCGGUGCUGGCCAGCGAGCUCCCCAGGGGGGAGGAGGACCGGUGGGUCCUGUGCGGUGCUGGCCAGCGAGCUCCCCAGGGGGGAGGAGGACCGGUGGGUCCUGUGCGGUGCUGGCCAGCGAGCUCCCCAGGGGGGAGGAGGACCGGUGGGUCCUAUGCGGUGCUGGCCAGCGAGCUCCCCAGUGGGGAGGAGGACCGGUGGGUCCUGUGCGGUGCUGGCCAGCGAGCUCCCCAGGGGGGAGGAGGACCGGUGGGUCCUGUGCGGUGCUGGCCAGCGAGCUCCCCAGGGGGGAGGAGGACCGUUGGGUCCCUUUCUGGCCUCAAACGUGAACGGACAUGAAGCACCCGCGCCAUCUGCACCAGAGCCGCCGAAACCCAAGGAACCAGAGAAGCCUCCGCCCGCGCAGAGCGACAACUCGCUGAUGGGGCUGGACAUUCCAGCUGCGCCGUUUGAGCUGCGCACGUUCAAGUUCAAGGAGCUGCACAAGGCCACGCAGGCCUUCAAAGAGCCCGACAACGUGCUGGGCGAGGGGGGUUUCGGCAAGGUGUACAAGGGGUUCCUCAAGGACUGGGAGGGCAGCAAGGAGGCUUUUCCCAUCGCUGUGAAGAAGCUCAAUCCGAACAGCUUCCAGGGCCAGCAGGAGUGGCUGGCCGAGAUUCUGCUUCUGGGUCGCGUGCGCCAUCAGAACCUGGUGAAGCUUCUCGGAUACUGCGCGGAGAACGGGGAGGGUAUGCUGGUGUACGAGUUCCUGGGCAAGGGCAGUCUUGACUACCACCUCUUCCCUGAGCCCAAGGAGGACGACCCCACGCCCCCCACGCCGCUGCCAUGGGAGGUGCGGCUGCGCAUUGCGCUGGAUGCUGCUGCAGGCCUGGCGUACCUGCAUGAGAACAACGUCAUUCACCGCGACUUCAAGGCUCCCAACAUCCUGCUUGAUGAUGACUGGUCCGCCAAGCUGACGGAUUUCGGGCUGGCAAAGGGAGCGGACACGGACCAAACCCAUGUGACGACGCGCAUCAUGGGCACCAUGGGGUACCUCGACCCCAAGUACAUGGAAACCGGCCAGCUCACCCGCAAAUCCGACGUCUACGCCUUCGGAGUCAUGCUCCUUGAGCUCCUCACAGGCAAACGCGCCAUGGAUCAGACGCAGCAGGGCAUGCCGCCGCUCACGGCCUGGGCGCAGCAGUAUCUGAACCAGCGAAAGCCGGAUAUUGGAGCUCUCGUCGACCCGUGUCUGCUGGAUCAGUUUACGACGAAGGCGGCGCAGCGGGCGGCGCAUAAGUUGGCGAUUUCCGCGAAGCAUUGCAUUGAGGAGGAUCCGAAUCUGCGGCCGCUGAUGAGUGAUAUGGUGGAGACGCUUCGUCCCCUCGUGGCGGCUGCUCAAGAGCAGUCUGCUGCUGCUGCUGCCAGUGCUGGAGGGGGCGGGGAGUAG